AUGUACUGCGCCCUCAAACAUUUGAAUGCAAUUAAUGGCGGCGUCGGUGGCCGACGGUGCUGCAUGAGAGUAAAGCCGUUUGCUUGACGAUUUUACACAAUGUCUACAGGUCAGAUGAACCAGGGCCCAGCCCAACAACAGCAACAAGGAUCCUCAUUUGGAAACCAACCUCCCAUGAUGAUGCCCCCAUUUAGGAUGCAAGGACCUCCUAACAUGCCACCACCUCCCUUUAUGCCGAUGCCAAAUCAAAGCUCUGGACAACCACCAAUGAACAUUCCACCUCCUACAUUUCCGCAGCAUGGUAACAUACCUCGUAUGCCUAUGCCACCUCCAAAUUUCAACAUGCCUCCACCAGGUAUGGGGCCUCCUCCAAUGAUGCCAACAGGUAUUCCCCCUCCCAUUAACAGCGGUAUGCCAUUGAUAAACCAGGAGAAGCCAGAUGAAGCCAGUAACCAAAGCUCAACAAAAGUACCUGGAUUUGUACCUGCACAAGAUACGAAGACAGUUGAGAAGGCUUCUGAACAGGAACCUGCUAAAGAGACCAAAUCGACCUCUAAGAAGAGCUGCUGGACAGAGCACAAGGCACCUGAUGGUAGAAUCUACUUCUACAACACACAAACAAAACAGUCCAGCUGGGAGAAACCAGAUGACCUCAAGACACAUGCAGAGUACCUUCUGUCCCAGUGUGCUUGGAAGGAGUUUAAAUCUGACUCAGGCAAAAUAUACUUUCACAACAAUACCACAAAAGAAUCUAAGUGGAGCAUACCAAAAGAAUUGGAAGACUUGAAGAAUAGGAUUGAAUCAGAAGGUUUGAAUUCGAUAUUGUAUUUGGAUGCUAUAGAACAAGAAGAAAAGGAGAAAGAAAGGAAAGAAGCUGAAGAACAAGAGAAACAAAUGAAAAUUGAGGAAGAGAAGGAAAAAGCUAGACAAGAGGAAUUGCGUCUUUUAAAGGAGUCAGAAGAGUUAAAAGCUAAUCAGGACAAGGAAGCAAAAGCAGCUGCAGAACUAGCCAAGCAAGAAGAGGCUGCUACCAUAAGCCAAGCUCAGCCUACCAUCCCCCAGCAGUUCACCCCAGAGACCAUACAGGCUAUGGCUUUCCAACAGCAGUUGUUCCAACAGCAGAUGGCAAUGAUGCAGCAGAUGCAAGCAAUGGGAGGUGACCAGGCAGCCAUGCAGGCACAGAUGGCAAUGUUUGCUGCCCAGGGUUUUGCGUCAAUGGUUCCAAAGUCCGAAUCUGGCACACCAAAAAGUGACGAUGGUACUACUGCAAGUGAAACAGCACCAACAGAAUCUCAAGAAGUUGUGUACCCGUCAAAGGAAGAGGCUAAGAAUGCUUUUAAAAAACUGCUGAAGGACAAGGAAGUGCCUUCAAAUGCUUCUUGGGAAUCAGCUAUGAAGUUAAUUAUAAAUGAUCCUCGUUACAGAGCACUGUCAAAACUGAGUGAGAAGAAACAAGUAUUUAAUGAUUACAAGACUCAAAGGGCAAAAGAGGAAAAGGAAGAGCAACGAGUAAGGGCUAAGAAGGCCAAAGAAGACCUUCAGAAGUUUCUUGAGAAUCAUCCAAAAGUCACCUCAACCGUUCGAUAUCGGAAAGCUGAGACGUUGUUUGAGGAUGAAGAAACAUGGAAGGUCGUUCCAGAGAGAGACAGAAAGGAGUUGUAUGAAGAUGUGAUAUUCUACUUGGCUCGUAAAGAGAAAGAAGAGAAUAAAACACUACGGAAGCGAAACAUAGAAUCCCUGCACAACAUUCUCAAUAAUAUGCCAAACAUCACAUACCGGACAACAUGGUCUGAAUGCCAGCAGUACUUAAUGGAUAACCCAGCAUUUGCAGAAGAUGAUGAGCUUCAACAUAUGGAUAAAGAAGAUGCACUGAUUAUUUUUGAGGAACAUAUUCGUCAAAUGGAGAAAGAAGAGGAAGAAGAAAGAGAAAGAGAAAAGAUGCUGCAGAGACGUCAACAUAGGAAAUACAGGGAGGCUUUCUUGGUGCUCCUGGACGAGCUGCAUGAAAAAGGUCAGAUAAACUCCAUGUCCAGCUGGAUGAACCUUUAUCCUAUCAUCAGUGCUGACAAACGAUUCCACAAUAUGCUGGGUAACCCAGGCUCAACUCCAUUGGAUUUGUUCAAAUUCGCUGUGGAAGAUUUGAAAGCCCGCUUCAGUGAUGAACGACGAAUCAUCAAAGACAUCCUACGUGAUAAGAAUAUGGUUGUUGAGAUGGACACAUCAUUUGAAAGCUUUGCGACUGCUGUUAGCCAGGACAAGAGGGCGACCACCUUAGAUGCUGGUAACAUCAAGCAAGCUUUUAACAGCCUACGUGAGAAAGCAGAAGCAAGGGAGAAAGAAAGGUUAAAAGAAGAAGCAAGGAAGCAGAGGCGGAAAGAAAGUGCAUUUAAGGCAAUGUUGAAGCAAGCUGCCCCACCACUGGAAACUACAGCUAAUUGGGAUGAGGUGCGUGAUCGCUUUGUAAAUGAGACUCCUUUUGAUGGAAUAACUGUGGAAUCUGAAAGAAUUCGUCUUUUUAAAGAGUUCCUCCAUUCCUUGGAAGAAGCAUGUAGUCAUCACCAUAGCAAGGCCUCCGGAUCCCAUAAGAGAGCUAAGAAGGCAAAGAAACAUAGAAGUAGGCGUUCACGCUCAAGAUCGAUAACUGAAUCUGAAGAGGAACGUGAUUCAAAAAGGCAUCGUAGCAGAAAGAAGAGGUCGAAAUCUCGAACACCUUCAAUUACAUCAGAUGAAUCGGGUGAACAUAGCAGCUAUAAAUCCAAGAAACACAAAAAAAAGUCCAAAAAGAAAAGGAGACGUACUCCAAAUUCUGAUUCUGAAUCUGAAAGAGAACAUGAACCAAAAGAAUCUCAGGAGACAUCCAGCAGAAAGCAGAAAAGUGGAUCAUCUAGCCAAGCUAAUAAGAAAAGCAAGACGGGAUGGGACACCUCCGAGAGUGAGAUGAGUGAAGGAGAGCUGGAACAGAAACGUCGAGCGUUGUUGGAGCAACUUGUAAUGACCAGCAAAUCACCAUCAAGAUAACCAACUACAAACCCUUGGAAAUAUAUGGGGAGGAACUGGGGUAAACUAAGAACCUUAUGCAGUGGUAGAUCCAAAGGAGGCAAAAGGGUUGCUUCCCCCAGCAACGAAACAAUCUCUAGGCAAAAGUGAAAUCGUUCUAAUUAAAGAAUAAUAUGGCUAAAGCUUAGAAUUGGGGAAAUUAACACCGCUAACCGACCGAUCUUCAAUUAGCUCACCCCCCCCCCAGCCCCACAUCCUGCCUGGAUCCACCCCAGCUAUGACUAAUUGGCAGGAUGUUAUGCAAAUGGUUAUCAGUACCCAAUGAUAAAGAUUAUAUUGACUGGAACACUUUUCAUUACAUAUUAUAUAUUGCUGUAUAUAUUUACAUUUGACUGACAUGUUAGGUGAACUCAUGUAACAACAUUCUAGAGUCCCUUGGGGGCAUUAAGUUUUUGUACUGAAUGUAAUGUCUUACAAUAUGGCAUCAUACUCAGUUAAGACAUAUCACCUAAAAACCAUUCAAAACAAGGUUAAUACAAAUGCUUGAUGUGUUUAUGUCCAGUUAUGUCCAGUUGCAUGAAACAACAUUUUGUACACUAAAUGUAUGGUUGAGUACAUUAAUUCCCUGAGGCUUUAUUUUCUAUACUUAAAAUGUCUAAAUUGAAAAGCAUCUCACUAGCUCUUAUGCUACUAUAUUGUUUAGAGAUUGGCCACUGUCUGUGUGCACUCAUAGAUCAUAAUAUACUGUACUGCCUUUCUCUGAGCGUAUUUUCAGAUCAGUGAAUCCAUUGUACUUAACAGAGGAUCUGAAUGGUGACGUCAUUUCAGCUGUUAUUUUGAGGUGACAUAAAACAGCAUAAAUGACAUGCUUGUGUUUUUAUCAAUUAAAAUGAAUUAUGGGAAUGAGUAUUUACAUAAAAAUUGGUGUAUUUCCUUUUCCAUCUACAAUUUGCAUAAGGAAUCAUUUAUUAUUGCUAUAGCUGUUGUUUUUGUUUGAUGAUGAUUUAACAAUGUGAUCUGCAUUGUGUCAGAUACUGAUUACACAGAAUUUGAGGUGAAUGUAUUGUGUAAUUUAUAUUAAACACCUGGUAAUUAUAUACCAAUUACUGAAAGGUGUUUAUAUUAUUUAAUGAUGAUAAAGUUAUGUUUUAAUACCACAGUAUCUUAAUGAUAUUACGAAUAAAGGGUAAUGCAAUUGCUAACAUAAAUUUACAGUAUUGUGAUGCAAAAUUAUUAGGGUAUGUGGGUAAUAGCAAAUUGCCACAUACUGUGGCCAACUAACUAUCAUGUACUAAGGUACAAGUCCAAGUAAUUACCACCAUGUGUUUGCCACUUUAUGUGACGAAAGGUGUUCUCGUAUUUUGAUAAUUCAUGUGUCUACCACUGCUUAUCUUUUCGAAUAUAUACAUUUGCCAACCAAUUUGAUUUUAUCUCACGUUUGUUUUUGUAAAAAACAAACAAAAGACGUUUAACAAAUUUGAUUCAUUAAACAAAUAAACUGAGUAUAUUGUAGAUGCAUUCUUUA